AUCCAACACAUAAACUCCCUUAAGGGCCCCACAGAUUAGGAACGCAGCUACCAGCAGCCAAGGUAUUCAUUACGAGGCUUCAGCAGCUAAGGUUAACACGUUACAAUAUUCUAAAACAAAACAUCUAUCAAAGAAUUUUUUUUAUUGAGGAUAGUGAAAAAUUGGACAAUAAUAAAAAUGGAUGAGAAUGACAACGAGGUAUGUUUAAACGUUAUUAUUUAGAUUUCUUUUUAUUUGUUGUAAUAUUAAUUUUUACAAAUUAUAAUAAUUAUAAAAAGCAGAGGCAAGUUUUAUUGAAGAAUCAUUGAUACAUAAAAUUAUAAGUGAUGGAUACCACGUCACAAAAAUUAAAAUUCUGCAAUAUGGAAACAGUUUAUGAAUGGAUACCACGUUCAACUGUUCAAAACACACAACAGCGAUGGAUAUACAUCGCGUUGUUAUUGACCGUUCAUAAUGGACGGGGCAUGACGGAUACCACGUCAAAUAUGCUACAAAACGAAUCAGUAUGUUAUUAGAUUCAAAGUCAAUAAAUUGCCAAAAAAUUGGUUUUGUUAGCGAUGGAAAUACAUCGCGUUAUGGUAAAUUUUUCAUAUGGUCGGCGAAAAGACGGAUAACACGUCAAAUUAGCCUAAAUAUCGAACAACUAUGGUUUUACGUACAAAUUAAGUUGGUAAUAGAUGGAUAUACAUCAUAUAAUUUCUUACAAUAACGAUAUUUAAAUUUGUACGAUAUUAUUGCACUUGUUGCUUAAUGAUAGAUAUCUAUCCAUUGUCAGUCAGUUUAGACUAGAUGUAUUGUUUUCCAGCAUGACUUGGCCGUAGGCCAGGGCGGAAGUACAGGGAGGACGCAUGCGCAACAGACAACCAACAAUAUCUUUGAACGGUUGGAACAAAUGGGUAAUGAGACAGUGACGUCAGACACCUUCUUGCAUAACUCCCUAACCUCAAUUAACGCUACAUUGAAGACAUUAACAAAUGAGGUUAAUGACCUUAAACACAAACAAAAUAGGGACCAUUCACCAGCGAGAAUAAAGAGACGAAAAUUGACCUCAACUUCACAGAUAAUAAGUUCAGGCAAUGAUUCCAGUGAUUCGGAUUGUAAUGAUGAAUUAGACCAAUUUCUGGAGGAAAGUAGGGAGGCUCCCGACAGGGAAGAAUGGUCCGAGCUGCAAGAUUUUUUCCAGAAUGCAGACGAAACAGGGGAUGCUAUCCACGAGGAUCUUGCCAAUGUGGCAAAUAAGGCGUUAAGAUCAAAAUCAAAACCAGAGAAAACAAAACUAUUACAAGACAAACAUAAAAGACCAAUAAAUGUUGAGAAUUUACAAAUCCCAAGAGUGGACGAACAAGUUUGGAAGCAAUUGAAAAAGGACACAAAAUCGUAUGAUUUUGCUGUCCAGAAAUGUCAACAGGGUAUGUGCAUGGCACUGAUACCGACAUUGAAAGCCUUAGAAUUAUUGAAACAACCUCAACCACAGAUAGCUACGGUGAAAGAUUUAGUUGGGGACAUAUUUAAGUGUUUAGCCCAAACCAUUGUGCGUUCAAAUGAAAACCGCAUGGAAAAAAUUAAGAAAGAUUUGCUUCCAAUUUUCAAACCACUUUGCGACAAUACACCUUCGGCCACAAAUUUGUUUGGAGAUAAAUUGAACGAGAAUAUCAAGCAACUGAAAGAAAACAGAACAAGUCUUACAUCAAAUCGGGAGCCUUUUUUAGGAAAAAGGGGAGGGGGGUCAUACAAUCGGAACCGAACAUUCAACAAGUAUCAAUAUUCAACAACGAUGGCCUACCCUCCACGAACAAAUCAAAAUUACACAGGAAGACAAAGGGGGAAAGGGAUACAGAAAAACAUGAAGAAGUAAUUUCACCUGAUGUCGCGCAUAUUACAAAAAAUCGAAGAGGACAAAACAGAGACAGUAAUAAUUGCCCCACUCUGGACAACACAGGCGUGGUGGCCAAUUUUAACAGAAUUAAUAAACGGUCCAUGCUAUAUAUUACCAAAAUCUCAAGAAAUAUUGAGCUUGGUACACAAACCAGGAAUAAAACAUCCUUUAACAAAAAUGACACUAGUGGCUUUCUGUAUAUCAGGAAAGCUUUACGAAAGCGAGGGGUACCGAAACAAACAAGAAAAAUCAUUAUUGAAUCAUGGAGAAUGGGCACGCGUAAACAAUAUGACUCGUAUAUCAAAAGAUGGUUACAUUAUUGUAAAGGGGAGACAAAUCCCUUUGCACCGCAUAUAAACACAGUCUUAGGUUUCUUAGAGUAUCUUUACGAACAGGGUUUAAGUUACACAGCUGUUGGAACAGCCAGAUCAGCAAUUAGUUGUUUUGUUCGACUGACGGGCAACAUUGAUAUAAAGGAUAAUGAGUUAAUUACUAGAUUUAUGAAAGGUAUUUUCCAAUUAAGACCGGCACUGCCACGGUACACAUCCACAUGGGACGUUAAAACUGUUAUAAAUUAUCUACAGAAGAUGGACACUAGCUCGCUUCUUUCAUUAUCGUGUAAACUAUGCAUGCUGUUUUUAUUAGUCACGGCACAGAGGUGUCAAACUUUACAUACAAUUAACGUCUCAGAUAUCUCUAUUAGAUCUGACAGAAUUAUUAUUCGGAUUACAAGUGUUCUGAAACAAACACGACCAGGUGUACAUGUACCACCAAUAAUAUUAAUUGCAUUCCCGGAUAACUCUCGACUGUGCAUUGUUGAAACUUUGAAAGAAUAUCUAAAUAGGACAAUGCACAUGCGAAAAGAUAAACAGUUACUUAUAUCAACAGUGAAGCCACAUGGUUCAGUUUCAAAACAAACUGUCGGCAGAUGGAUAAAAAUUACAAUGUUAAAAGCCGGAAUUCAGGAAUACUUUAAACCACAUAGUACAAGACAUGCCAGUACUUCUUAUGCAUUAUACAAAGGUGUUCCUUUAACUGAAAUUAUCAAAGCGGCAGGCUGGAACAAUUCAAGUACUUUUGAAAAAUUUUACAACAAAACAUUCUCAAAAGAUACUAAUGAAUUACAAAUGAGUAUUAUUAAAUGAUGAAAUAUAUAAAAUAAAUA